AUGGUCGUCUUGAAUACACAUGAACAUUUAAAUCAUCCUGGAAAGUUUACGGAAAGAGAUUUACCAAAUUAUAGUGGUAGAGAUUGGAUUGAAAGAUCUUUUACUAUUGGAAUUGGUGGGAUUGGAUGUUGGUUUGGUAGACCAGUUGGAUCUGGUAAAACUGCAUUAACAUUAGCUUUAUGUGAAAAACUAAGAGAUAAAUACGAACUAGGGGUUUUAACAAAUGAUAUCUUUAUACCAGAAGAUCGAGAUUUCUUACACUCGAAGGGUGCAUUAAAAAACCCAAAUCAAAUCAUCGCCAUCGAAACCGGUGGUUGUCCACAUGCAGCUAUUAGAGAAGAUAUUUCUGCAAACUUAAACGCUUUGGAAAACUUACAACUUAGGUUCGGGUGUGAUUUAUUAUUGAUUGAAAGUGGUGGUGAUAAUUUAGCUGCUAAUUAUUCGAGAGAAUUGGCUGAUUAUAUUAUUUAUGUGAUCGAUGUGGCUGGUGGUGAUAAAAUUCCAAGAAAAGGUGGACCAGGAAUCAGUCAAAGUGAUUUACUAGUCAUCAACAAAAUUGAUUUAGCUGAAUAUGUUGGAGCUUCAUUAGAAGUGAUGAGAAAAGAUUCAGAUAAGAUGAGAGAUGGAGGUGCAACGAUCUUUACGUCUGUUAAACAUGGUGAAGGGAUUGACUCGAUUGUCAAUUUAAUUUUAUCGGCUUGGGAAACAAGUGGAGCAAAUCAAUUUGAAAAAUAUAUGAAAUCUACUUAA